GGUUUCUUUCGUGAGAAUAGCAAUCAAAGUCUAUUCUCACUCACAUUUUCGUGGGAAUUAAACUUAUGUUGUUUUCUUGGUUAAAGAAAACAAAACCAGGACUUGAUCCCCUUUCUGGUUCCUUAGGCUCAACCGGCCUUACCAUCUAAAUUGGGUGAAAUCUAAUUUGAUGAACUCGGUUAAUUAUGCAAAGGCUAAUGGAUAAUAGUGAGAACAGUUCAAGUGAAGAAAUUAUUUAUGAUAAACUGAGAGAUUUGUACAACCUGAUUGAACAAUGUCACGAGGAGAGGAAUAAAAGUGAGAUGAAUUUAUCGAGCAUAAGGAAGACCCACGAAAAGAUGCAAAAUGAACCUCAAAAGCCUUACUUUAAACAGAAAUUGAAAAGUCUUUACAAAGGUGCGAUCUCAGAUUGUGAUGGUGAAAUUGAAAUUCUAUCUAAAUCAUUAGAUCAGAUAUUUGAAAUACGAACUUUAAUCAAGAAACGUCCUCGUAAGAGUGGCCUUAGUCUGUUUACCAAGGAAACAUCAAUCAGAAGAGGAGCUUUAAUGAAGAUGUUACAACAAAGUGCAUUAACUUUACCCUUAUUCAUCCGUCGAAACAAGGAGGGAAAAACACCGCCACUUUGUGGCUCUAUUCCAGCUGAACCCAAUUACGUUGGGAAAGUCGGCGAUAUGGUCGCAGCUCUAGUUAAAGGUCCAGAUGAUGAUGAAAACUGGAUCUUGGCGGAAAUUGUUUCCUACAAUUCAAACACCAACAAAUACGAGAUCGAUGAUAUUGAUGAAGAGCAAAAGGAGAGACACACACUUUCCCGUCGACGGGUAAUUCCACUUCCACUGAUGAGAGCUAAUCCAGAAACAGAUCAAGAAGCUCUGUUUGAAAAAGGAACCUUAAUCCUUGCUUUAUAUCCUCAGACUACUUGUUUCUAUCGGGCGAUAGUCCAAGAACCACCAAAAACAGCGCAAGAAGAAUAUCAAGUUUUAUUUGAAGAUUCGAGUUACCCUGAUGGUUAUUCCCCUGCCCUCUCUGUACCUCAGCGUUAUGUUAUUGUUUCCAAAGAUUUGCGGCGAAAAUGAUACCAAUCACAAGCGAACAACCAAAAUAAAUCAUCCUCAUCACUCUCAUCAUCACACUAAUCAUCCACUUCUCCGUUAUCGUCAUUCAUCAUCUGCAAUCCUUUAUUAUCUUAACGUACAAAACAAAUUCUUGCCUAUUCUCGAUCCAUCGAUCUCUCUUUCAUCUCAUCAUCCAAGAAUCACCGCUAAUGUCCAACAAUUGGGCAAUAUUCAGAAAAGAAAAUCACUUCUAUCUCACCUCAUCAUCUCAUCACUUCAUCACUUAAUCAUAUCCUGUAAUCAUCAAUAUAUUUAAAUUAUGAUAAAAAUGAAGACCCUCAUCAAUCCCAUUCAUCACCCAAACCUUUUAUUUUAUUUGCAUAGAAAGUUAUUGUAAGAUUGGGGAUAAAACCUGUUGGAAAAAAUUGUUUUUAAUUAUUCCCCAUUUAAAAAAGUAAUUAAAUUAAAUCAGUUUUCUAAACUGAGCAAAAUUCA